CUCUAUCCUUGUUGAGCUUGUUUCAAUUUUAAGAAAAAAUAAAAAAGUAUAAAAGGGCAGCCCAAUCCUCCCUUUUUUUCCAUCAAUUCUUCUUUCUCCAUCAUUUUACUCCCCAUCCACUCUACUCUCACAAACCAAACCACAUUCCUAAAUCAUGUCCGAUAUCCAAUCCAUCAACAACGCUCACUUCAACAAGACCGCUCAGGACUAUGACUCAUUUCCUCAGGCCAAAGAGUUGACAGAACGUGCUGCAGAGACCAUCGUUCAAGAGUUUAUUGCCUCCGCAGGCCCGGAGCGUGCCAAGAAUGCCAUUGCACUUGACUUUGGUUGUGGCACUGGACUCUGUGCCUUCAAAGUGGCACCCCAUGUUAAGGAAAUAGUCGGUGUCGAUGCUUCUGAAGGCAUGACCCAGCACCUGAAUCACAAACUGACCACCCAGGACGAGAACAAGGCUAUCAGGGAUAGUAUCAAGACCGUCACCCAUUUAGUUACUCAAAAUGAACCUCUGCCAGAGCCGGAACGUUCACAAUAUUUGGCAGGAGCAAAUGGCGGUUUUGAUCUCAUCUAUUCGAGUUAUGUAAUGCAUCAUAUCGAAGAUAUCCAGGGAACCAUUGAUACUCUUGCUCAAAAAUUGGUCAAGAAGGAUGGUUGGGUCAUCAUUAUUGAUUUCCAAGGCCCUCACCAUCACCAUCACCAUCAUCAUGAGGGAGACGGAGAACAUGAAAAGCAUGGUGAACACAGUAGUGAAGGUCAUGGUCAUGGCCAUGGUCAUAAUCAUAAUCAUGGUCAUAGUCAUGGAGACAUCAGUAAUUCGCUGUUCGUAGAUGAGAACGGUAAUCCUCUGGAUUAUGUUGCCCACAAGCAAGGAUUCACCUCCGAGGGCUUGACAGAGGUCUUCAAGAAGGCUGGACUCGUCGAUGUCUCUGCUAGAACUGCGUUUGGUAUGAGCAGAGAAUUAUUCGGGAAGAAAAUUUGGGCUGAUGUCCUUGUCAUCAAAGGCCGUCGCGCUUAAAGUAGAAAUAGUAGAUUUUUUUUUUUUUUUAUUUUUUUUUAUUUAUGACCGAGUUGGCUACCG